UAUAGCUCUACCUAAAAAAAAAGUUAGGUUAGGAUCGGGGUCUUGUGGAUUGUUUGUUAUUAAAAUGUCUAUAUUAUUUAAGAAAUUUGCACAAUCUAGCGUUAAAAAUGUAAUAUUAAAGCACAGUGACAUUCAGUUCCUCAUUUAUUCAAGAAAAUUAAGUUUCGUGCCAUCGUUAUACGAUGGUGAUAAAGAUCCUGCGCCGAAGUUUUUCUCCCCUGACAUUCAAAUUUUGCUGAAAAGGUUAACCAGGCCUGAUUUGGCGAGGGUUUUCCGCAAAAGAACCAACAGUGCAUUACCUGUGCUUCCUACUCCCAAAUAUAAGUUCUUAACAUCCGAGGAGUUAGAGCAAGAGGUCGCCAAAGCAAAUGAGAGAGCCGAUCAACUUCUACAGAUGCCUCCAGUUGUUAAGAUCCAACAACACAUCCAAGAUGUCCUGUCGGAGGACCCUGCUCUGAUUGGCUAUGACAAAUCCAAAUACAUCUUCACAGAUAUCAGUUUUGGUGUUGCAAAUGAACACAGAAUUAUUGUACAGAGAUUACCUGAUGGUACUCUUCAAAGUUGUGACCAUGACGUCAGAAAGAGGCUAAACCAGAUAUAUUUCCCCAUAAAUGGACGCACAAUAAGGGAGCCCCUCAUGUUCACGGAUGAGGAGAAAUUCAACAGCAUCCUGGACAGAGAGCAGUAUGAAUUCAUCCUGGACCGAGCUUGCAUUCAGUAUGAGCCGGAUGAGCCGUCUUACCAACGGGUCACCAGUCUUACCUACCAGCAUGUGGAUGCUAAGAGCAGAUAUGAGUUAUUGAGGUCUACCCGCCACUUCGGGCCACUAGUAUUCUACCUGACCUGGCAUCAAAGCAUAGACAGCCUCAUGCUAGAGCUGCUGCAGACGGGUGCGGUGCGGGAGGCCGCGCUUCUGGUGGCAACGAGACAGGCCGUACAUGGGGAUGUUACUGAGGGACAUCUGGCUACUAGACUUGUGCAACAGAUCCUGCCAACACCCGUCCAACUAACAAAACCAGAUCGCCUCACAGAAGAAGACAUCCAACUAGACAGCAGUUGCGUCGACUGCGUCCAGAAGUACAUCAGCACCAACUCCUCAAUGAAGAGCCAGCAAGAGCUGGCACUGCAGGGAUUCAGGGAGCACUACCAGCAACUGGUCGAGCUGAGUCGCGGAAUUAAAGUAGCACACGGGAAUGCCUGAAUGUAGAUGCGUAAUAAAUGUAUAGUUAAGGAA